AUAUUGAAAUUAUUGUAUUAUCUACAUUAACUUGUUGUGCGUCUUUUACUGGAUUUUCUUUGAAAUUAGUUUAUGUAUUCAUUGUUAGUUAAGUUAUGGGAUAAAUUUCUGUACAACUGUAUAAUUUUGAAAAAGUGAUUGAUAUUAAAUAUAAUAAUGGCCAUUCCACCGUUUCCUUCACAAGAUUUGGCCAAACUUGUGCUGGGAUAUUUGGCUGAGGAACAGUUAAUGACUGCUUAUGAUGAAUUUCUCCAAGCAAGUCCAUACCUUGAUGCUAUGCAAAAUGAAUACGACAGGAUAUUUAUGACAUCUCUCAAAAAUAUUUUGGCAGAGUAUAGAGCCGUCAAAAUAUAUGUGGAAACUUGCAGACCCUUUACACUCAGGAAGAAGCUGUUUCAAUGUUCUAGCCUGUUAGAAAUUGUUAAGUUUUUAAUCAAUUUCGUUGAUAUUAGUAAAUUAGAGGCAAUAGAAAAAUCUAACAACAUCGACAAACGCCAAGUCUCAAAUAUUUCUAAUAAUAAUGAAUGUGCUGUUUGCAAUUCUUCAAAAUUGGCCAGCUGUAUUUGCACAAAUAGACAAACCAAUCAGAAUGUGGCUCAGAAUAAUGAAAAUUUGCAUUCUGUGGAGACAACUUCGCUUGCAGACCUUCCUGGCAAUCAAGUAGCAAGGCGGAGACCAGUAAGGUUUCUUGAAAAAACAUCUACAGCUCUAUGUGGCAGUGUUCAGAAUAAUAGAGUUCAUAGUACAAAUGUAUCAAUGGAAAUGUUAAGUUAUAAUAAAGAACAAAAUUCAAGCAACUCUUUUGUUAAGUCAAGUGGAGACAAUUGUCCUAUUGGCAGUAUUAAUUCCACAGCGAAAGAAGUAGAUUUGUUAAAGGAAUCAAAAGAGAAAAUUCAAGAGUUCGAUAGUAUUUUGGAUAAAGUCUGCCAGAACAAUAAAGUAGUUGAUAAUAUUAGUAAUAUUACAAUUCAAGGGAUAGGUAACAAUUUCAUUUCUGGUGCUGGCUCUUUUCAAGAUUUUGCUUCUGGGGUCACAGGUUGUAAUAGUCCAAAUGCUCCUGUGAUUGAAUUUUCUGCAUCAGAAACUACAAAAAUGCAGAUUGCCGCCAAUAAAGAUACUGAAAAUAUGAAAGAUGCUCAAGCUGUAGAUAAGUGUGAAUUGUUUUUUAAAGUAGAACCAAAAAGGAACUCUCAAAAACGGAAUUCCCAAGUUCUUACAACAUUAAAACCUAAACCACCAAAAGAACAGAAGAUAAAAAUUCUAUCAAAUGUUAAAGUAGAUAGUCCAUUCCAAAAUAAUGAGAGAAUACAUAAAAUGCCACAGAAUAAUGCUACCUCUACUCCUGUACAAAUGCAGACUAUUGUCAUCAAUGGAAAACCUGCUUAUAGAACACACCCUACAAGGGCAAAUCUACAGAGUUUUACAAAAGAUGAAAUUCUGGCUAUGCCUACAAUUAUUGUGGUGCCAGUGUCUAAUCAAUCUCAGAUAUCUUCAUGUUCCCAGACAACCACCACAACAUCGCAAAAGGAAAUGACGUCAAAUACAAUAGAUCCGGAAGAAAGAUGUUUGGGACCCCUUAUAAUUGACGUCCCUAAUAGUCCUAUAAUAAAAGGAAAUAAAACUAAUGUAAUAGAAACUUCAAAAAUAUCUGGUCUUGUUAAAACUGUAGAUAUUAUGAAUAACCAAAUUAAAAAUCCGUCUGUGCCCAAAGAUAGUCAUCUCACAAAUGUAGUUGAUACAAAUACUCCUCAAGUACUUCCAGUUGCCAAAAAAUCGUCGUCGACCCCACGACGCACUUCACACAUCAGGGUUUUAGAUUUUGCAACUCCCAGAAGGGAUUUACAAGAAACUAUAAAUGAGAAAAUGAUACAUCAUAACGCAAAUACUCAUGUUGAAGUAUUUAUUAGUAGACAAUCAACUGAAAUUGGUUUUGACAAUAAUUCAGUUACUACCACUGAAGAAAUUAAUGGAAUGCCUAGAACUGAAAACAAUAGUAUAGAAAAAGGAGCGACAAUAAUUAACGAUUUCACUUCAGGUAAUGUUUCUUAUCAGAAGCCAAAAAAUAAAAUUUCGGACUGGGAUGCUGACUUACGUGCAAUGGCGGCAGUAAAUGAAAAUCAGGUAUUACAAAAUUCCACUAGCAAAAAAACAAAGAAAAAGAAACCAGAGAAAAAAAAAAUUAAAGAUGAUGAUGUUGUAGAAAUUAAUACUGUUAAACCAAAAAGUAAGAAAUAUCGAAAAAAAGAAGCAUCCACUGUUGUUAUAGACAAAGAAGUUGCAAAGGUUCAGGAUUUCCCUUCUAUUAAACCUACUAUAAAUAUAAAAAGUGGAAAUGACUGGAAUGCCGUUUCUUUAAAAGGUGUAAGCAAAAAAGAGAAUGAAAAAAACUCUAAGCCAAAUGACGAAAAAUGUACUGAAACCCCUGAAGGGGAUAGAUUAACACUGCAAAAUGUUGUUGAUGCAAAGUUGAAUAUUUCUGAAUUAUUAGAAACUCCAUAUAAACAAGCUUUCUAUGAUAUACAAAUGGAAACGCCCCGAUGCUUAGGUCUUGACUUACCUGGAGAACCAAUGUCAGAUGUAAAAAUUAUGAAUAUACCGACACCAAGAUUUUUUGAUAGUCCUAAAAUAGUUCAUUUGACUCCCUCAUCGUAUUCAUCACGCCCUACUGACUAUUCAAGUGGUGGAUCAUACUAUAAACCUGAUGACCAAGACUAUUUGAGAAUUUCUGAUUUAGAAGGUCCGAUCAUUUCGUCAAAAGACGAGCCUUGUAAAGAAAUAUCCAAUGAAGGUUGCGAUGAUAGUGCAAAGCCUUCGAGACCUGUAAGAAAAUGUGCUAAAAAUGUUUCAUAUUACAGAAAUUCUAGACUGAAAGAAACAGAAAACAAGUCUAACCUCAUUUCUCCUAAAAAUGAUACUAUAACAGCCAAAAGUAUAUCUGAUGACAAGAAGGAAGAAUAUAUAAAACCUGAAAAUAAACCCAAAGAAGCGCAAUGUAAAAGUGAAUUAAAAAAGAGGAAUUCCAAAAAGCGCAAAUCACCCAUGAUAAAAGAUAGAUCUUUUAUGAAAAUUAAACCUAGUGCUCGUACACCAUCUAAGGAAAAUUUACGCAGGACAAAAAAGAGCGUUUUCCUUAGUAAGUCCCCCAAGUUUCAAAAAAAAUUCAAGGAGAGGAAUAGUAAUGCAACACCUAUUAUUCCAUCAGUACCUACAAAAUCACGUAGAAAGUCGUCUACACCUAGAAAACUGCAUUGUAGUAAAACUUUUAACUCCGAAAGUUCUGAACAAGAUUCACCAAAAGAUGUUAAAGGCACAAAAAACAUAAUUUGUGGCACAAAUUCUACUAACGUACAGGAUUCUGAUACAGAACAGUUAGCUUUGCGUUGGUCAGAUGAUGGGUCACAAGACAUUAAAAGUGUUCAAGAAUUAAGCACAACAAAUGAAAUAGAGGACUUAUCGAAAAUCCAGGAAUACCUUGAAACCACCAAUAAACAAUAUGAAGUCCAGGUUGGCACUUUGCAAAUUGAUUUAAUAAAAAGGGGAUUUGAUGCUGAGACUGCUAAAAUCAUAGAGAGGGAUUUAUUAGAUACGCCACCGCGAAAUGAUGGAAACACUGCAGAGCUUGAAACAUCAAGUAAUUCACAAAAUGGAGAUAAGACCUUUAUGCAGAAAACUCUUAAACCCGAUGAUAGCAAUUCCACUAUUGAACCAAAAACAUGUAAAUCAUUAGAUGAAAGUGAAUAUGAAGUAGAACUCUCUGUCAGUGAAUGUAAUGAAGAAAGCAAGAAUUUUUUUGCUUGUGAAUACGUUGGGCAGAUAGAAAAAUCGAAUUCAUCGCCAGUAACUCUCAAAGACUCCUUCACAAUGGAAAUAUGUGUAGAUGAUGAUUUGACCAUAAGGUUACGAGCAACCCCAUUCACUGUGCUAUUUGAUCAAGAUCCUAGUGAAGAACAAGAAAUGUAUAAUGCAAAAGAAACGGAAGAUGCGGUUAAUUCUAUAGUAAACAUUGAUAAACUUUACACUCCUCUUAAAGAUACCGCAAAAGCCCAGUGUUAUGAAAUUUUUAACUCCACGCUAACGAGCUUGGAUACUCCUCUCAAAGUUAGCAGUCCAAAAACUGGCCAUGAAGUCACUGUGUCUGAAGUAGUUAUAGAACGGGAUAGAACGGAUUCGAAAGAUAAGACAGAAACGAAAAAGCGUAAGAGACCACAGAGCAACAGCAUAGAUGAACCUAUUGAAACAAAGAAAACAAAACCGGAUCCACAAUAUUUAUUGUCAUCUGCAAAUAUUCAAAAUAUGGAUAUAGAUUCAGUACUAGAAAAGUUACAUGGGCCUUAACAGAUCGAUAUGUUAUUAAUGUGGGCUUUGCUAAUCAGAUCUCAUUGUGUUCUUUUGUAUGUUAAGGAGAGUUAUUGAAUUUAUAAGAAUCAACACAUAUUUUAUAAGAAAUGCUUUAACUAAGAACAAUAAAAUUAUAUGUGUAAAACACAUAGUUGAGUCCUACUGUAAUUGGAUUGAUUAGAUUGUUAAGAUAAUAUAAUGUAAUAUGUUAUUGUGCGAGCCACUUUAGUGAUAUAGUAAACUUUGUACAUGUAAAUUGUGUUAUUUUUAAUGGAAAACUGACAAUCAUAAUACGCAAAUGUUAUAAGAAAACUUCCAAGGGCCUAUGAAGUGGAAUAUAGUGCCAUAAAUAUGGGUCACUAGGUAAAAGUAAAGACAGCGGUCCACCGCUUUGAAGAUGCUAUAUGUGGGACAAGAAAAAAAUUAAUAAUUUGGUAUCAUGAAAUUCAGUUUGGCACCGGACGAAAAGGAAUCAUAAGGGUUUUGUUAUCGGGCGGAAAGCAAAAGCGACUUGAGGCUGAGUGAUGACUGAUGACUAAACAUUGAUAAUUUUUGUGGUAAAAUAAAACUUUCAGUACACGCUCCUUAAGGAGCACUGUACAAAUGUAUAUAUAGGUCUUAAUUUUUGUGUUAAAAUAAUAAAUCUAUGUACAGUGAGUAAAUUAACAUUAUACUCAAUUAUGUUAUUUUCGUAAAAAAUACUUUAUCUAUAAUUAAAUAUACCCAAGAGUUGCA